AUGGACAAUGACGCCGAUUCAAAGGGCUAUUGUUGUCCACGAUGUAACCGUCGCUACAAACCACUCGACGCUCUGCCGCUCAUUAAUCACGAUACGGGAAUGUUUGAUUGUAGCGAGUGCGGAACUCAAUUGGUUGACGAUGACGAUAGUGCUGAAAUUCAGGAAAGCCAAGAGCGAUUGGGUCGGCUGAUGCAUCAGAUGGAUAAGAUCCUGAGGAUGUUGAGACAGAUAGAUCAGUUGGUUGUUCCUGCCAAUGAUUUCAAUGAUGCGAUUGCUGUUGCUGUACCGGUUACCAGAGAGAGAUCACACGCCUCUGCGCUUUCAAUUCCUACUUCCGUACCGAUUGUUCAGGUUUCGCAAGGUCCCACGAUGGAGAUUAAGUUCACAUCGGAUGAGAAACAGACUGCUGCUGAAUUAGCCGCGGAGAGGGAAAAGAAGGCUGCGCAGGCGGAGCAGAAUGCUCUACCAGUUUGGCAUACGCAAAGUACAGUCUCUGGGGAUCUUACGACAUUGGGUUCUAAGGAAGCAGAGGCCAGAGCUGCUAGGCACAUAGACUUUAAAACGGGAACAACAAAGGAAGAAAAGAAACCCGUAGUCGAUCAACAGAAUGUCCAGCAGUCUGCUAUCGAUCAGUACUAUGAAGCUCUAAAGGCAAAACAGAAGAAGGAUGAGGAAGAAGAGGAAGAGGAGGAGGAAGAAGAGGAAGAUGACGACGAUAUCGAGUUCGAGGAGGUCCCUGUCGGGAUAUCAAACGGUGGAACCGGACCUCCAUCCACAGCUAGCGCAUCCAAACCAUCAACACCAAAGCCUUCUCAUAGCCUCCUACCACUAUCAGCAAACGGUGUCCAUAGGAGCGGUAGCGCCGAUCCUAAGAGUGCUAAACGAACUGCUGAUCACUUUGGAGGCAAAGAGGAAUCGCCGGGUGAGAAGAAAGCUAAAAUCCAACAGCAAGACGAAGGUGACGAUUCGGAAGAAGAAGAAGCAGAAUUUGAGGACAUUUAG